CUUUGGGCGGGUGGGGUGGGCGGUGUGCGCGUAAGCCCGGCUGGGCUGAGGGUCUUGUCCUCCGAGCGACUGGACCCUGGCCAGUCUCCGCGUACGCUCGACCUCUGGCCCCUGGCCUUUCAAGUGUGAGCUGGCUUCCCUGCUGGAUCUCCCGCAACCCGAGACCCAGGACCACCGAACUGGAAGAAUUCUGCCCGGAUCCAGGCAGAAGGCCUCACAUAAUCACAUGACCACCUCCGUGCGCAGACACCCCCGCCCCCAUAUGCUGUGCUGCUGGAGGCUCAGGCUGCAGUGUCUGUCCUGUGUAGAUAAGCUCCCCAGAGCCCUUCGUGUCAGCCCAGGCCAGCACUGGAAGGAGCAUCACCUGCCUACCAACUCUUGAGUACCUGGGAUUGGAGGUCCAGGAGAAGCCUUGAAGAUGUCUAACGACCCACCCCCUCCUUAUCCUGGAGGCCCCACAGCCCCGCUUCUGGAGGAAAAGAGUGGAGCCCCGCCCACCCCAGGCCGAACCUCCCCAGCUGUGAUGCAGCCCCCACCAGGCAUGUCGCUGCCCCCUGCCGACAUUGGACCUCCACCCUAUGAGCCACCGGGCCACUCCAUGCCCCAGCCUGGCUUCAUCCCCCCACAUGUGAAUGCAGAUGGCGCCUACAUGCCUCCAGGUUUCUAUCCUCCUCCAGGCCCCCACCCACCUAUGGGCUACUACCCGCCGGGGCCCUACCCGCCAGGGCCCUACCCUGGCCCUGGGGGCCACACAGCCACGGUCCUGGUCCCUUCGGGGGCUGCCACCACGGUGACAGUGCUGCAGGGAGAGAUCUUUGAGGGUGCGCCUGUACAGACCGUGUGUCCCCACUGCCAGCAGGCCAUCACCACCAAGAUCUCGUACGAAAUUGGCCUAAUGAACUUCGUGCUGGGUUUCUUCUGCUGCUUCAUGGGGUGUGAUCUGGGCUGCUGCUUGAUCCCCUGCCUCAUCAACGACUUCAAGGAUGUGACGCAUACGUGCCCCAGCUGCAAAGCCUACAUCUACACGUACAAGCGCCUGUGCUAACGGAGCCGGGACUGGACUCCCUGCCGUCGGUCUGCCCCCUGUGCUUCGCUCCCCGCGCUCAGUGGCUUGUGUCCCCACUCCCACUUUGGGGUGGAAGCCAUUCCACCGGUCCCCUGGAAGUCUCGUCCUUUCCACCUUGCCCUUCCCUGAGCAUCUGACUCUUCCGGCAAAAAUUCUGUUGGAUUGAAGGCCAAGAAGGGUCAUCGAGUAUUAUCAGGGAGCUGGCACUGAGCUUGUGUGUUGCUGGUCUGCUUGUUGUUUGUGAUCAGAAAGAUAAACUGGGAAGGGUCUCCCUGCUGAGGUCUCACUCCUCCAUUUCUGUACAAAGUUCAAGUUUGGUCCUGAUUCUCCCUGAGACCAAAAGCAGCCAGAGCGGUGGCUGGUUUCCCAGACCUGGGCCUGCAGCGGGGCUGUGCUUAUAGGCACAGUUAUUUCUGAUCUGCUGGGCUGAGCGGGGGAGUGAUUUCAAGCAGAACAGGGUCAUAAGGCCAGGGUUUGUUUCUGGGGUGCUAGAGGCGGGCAUGAUGGUCAGAGGGAAUGACUCUGGCCCUCAGAAUUCUCAGGAACUCAACACCUUGUCCAAGUGCACAGGAGCCACCUGGAGUAAGGUAGAGAAGUCAGCACAACUGCAGGUCAGGGGAUAAGUGACUGGGCCCUGGCUCACCAAGAAGGGACUCGCCUCUGACCCCUUGCGUAGCGACUUUUCUGGUCAUGCCUUUGUGAACCCAUCUUUGCUGGGGCCAGAAGGAAUGCUCAGCAACCCAAUCCCUCUGUCUAUACCGUGUCCUUGCUGCGUGUGAGUAUGACCUCUGCCUGGUGGCUGGUAUGCCCCCUUUGGGCCUGGAAGUGGCACAUAGGGCCCUCCCUAUGGGCACUCAGAAUUGCAGUGCCCACUCAAUGGAGCCUCUUCCCAGUGGACGCUGGGCCCUUUCCCCUGGCCAACUCGCUGCCGCUAUGCUUGCUCCAGGCACUGUGGUAGGAGCGACUGCAGCACUGCACUGGGGACAAGGAAGGAGCAGCCCCAAGUGGCAGAAGUGCCCUGGUGGACGCUAGCCCUACCCUGGGCCUGAAGCCACACUGUAUCUUCUGAUGGGUUUGUCUGUGAACUUGCUCCCAUGGACCGAUGUACCCUGCCGCCACCCCUCUCUCUCCUGGUGCCACUGCAUGGCCUCCUGUCACUGUGAAUCGUGGCCGGUCUGUUUGUAGUUUCUCAUUAAAUGGGCCCUUUCACUCCCCUGCCCUGGGCCUCUGCUCUUUU